AUUCGCUUUAAAUCAAAGAAAAGUUUUCAUUUUUUUUUUCUCUUUGGGUAUUCUACGGUUGGAUUCUUGGUCACCAUCUGAGACUCACCCAACUUCACCUUCCUGUCAUCUUCUUCGCACCCAAUAUCACCCGUCUUCUGCUCAUGUUUUCUGUUGCAGUUGCUGUCUAUAUACUCUUCUCCUCUCACACAAGUUUACGUUCAUAUUUGCCACACACCCACAUCAAGGUUAUCAUACGUCAUUGAAGGGCUGUGUUCUAAAAGGGGUAAUUCUUGGCGUUCUUAGUUGAAUUUUGGUGGACGGGAAGUUGCAGCUGCUUCAAUUUCAUGGUAUUCAUGUUUUAGCUCACCAAAAGUUUUCUUACAAGUUCGGGUAACGCCCCAAAUUAGAAUUGGAACAAACGGCAAUUUUGUCUACUGGUGUUCGGAGAACAAAUUUCAUAAUUGCAGUCCUAUAACCAUGGUGGAGAUAGGCCUGUUCUUCUUGGAGUCUGUAUUCGUAAGCAAUCCUGUUUAUGGAAAAAGAGAAAGCAAUCGUAUAGUUGUCUGUGAGCAGAGGAGUAUUGGCCUAUUCUUGGUUUUCUGAAGCUUUCUGAAGCUUGUUUGUUUCCUAAAUUAACUUGAGUCAGGCCCGAUGAAUACUCGAUACUUUUUCCCACCGGAGUCGUUAUGCAGUUCCGGUGCCGGAGUUGCGUUCUCUUCGAGUUCAUCAGCCACAAAUGAUCGGGCGGCGAUAGGAACCCGGAACCGGGCUCCCCGCGUUCUGCCUUCGUCAUUUUUGGUGAGGAUGGCUAUGAGAAUAUCUCGAGCGAGAUGGUUCACUUUCUUAAGGAGAGUUUUCCACUACCAGAAUGGAUCGAGGUCGGAUCUCGGGUCGAAUCCGUUCAAUUCGAGCACCUGGAUGGUGCUUGAGCUCAUGGCCUUGAUGGUUCAGAUUAGUAUAACUUCUUUCACCCUAGCCAUCUCGAAGGGCGAGAAGCCAGUCUGGCCUAUGAGGAUAUGGAUCAUGGGUUAUGACAUAGGGUGCGUGCUCAGCGUGUUGCUGCUCUAUGGUCGCUACAGGUAUCUUUUUUUGGCUCAGGGAGAUGGCUUUGGCAUCUCAGAUUUGGAGCAGCAAAGAGGCAGUGAAGACUCCAGGAGCUUACAUCUGAUGAACAAAUGUCGGACUUCGUUAGAGCUGUUCUUUGCAAUAUGGUUUGUGAUGGGUAAUGUUUGGGUGUUUGAUUCGCGGUUCGGGUCAUUCCAACGCGCACCAAAGCUUCAUGUGCUCUGUAUCUCUCUGCUUGCUUGGAAUGCUAUCAGCUACUCUUUCCCAUUCCUGCUAUUUCUCCUGCUAUGCUGCUUUGUGCCGCUCAUGAGCACCUACCUCGGAUACAACAUGAACGUGGGUUCGGUUGAGAGAGGAGCAUCCGACGACCAGAUUUCUAGGCUACCUAGCUGGAAAUAUAAGCAAGUGGACAACAAUUUAGAGCUCGGCGAUGACUCAAACCAAAAUUCAGUCCUGGCAAAUGAAGACAAAGAAUGCUGUAUAUGUCUGUCCAAGUACAAGGAGAGAGAAGAUGUUCGGCAGCUGCCAUGUGCACAUAUGUUCCACCAAAAGUGCGUCGACCAAUGGCUGAGGAUCACAUCUUGCUGUCCCCUGUGUAAAAAAGAGCUCGAGAGAUAGGAUUGCAGUUCCCGGAGGGCUGGAAUUCCUAUUCCAACGUGCUCGAUUUUCGUUUUCUUCGGUUUGGCAUGAUUCAUAAUUAUGGAUGUGGCUACUUGAGUGAGCUAGUUUGCUUGUAUAUUUACAAGCUCACCAGUGACCACAAGCAUACUCAAAUCUGCAUUCUUCUCUGUUUUACUUAAAAAUAGUGGGAGGGUGAUGCUUGGCGGUCUUUGCCUACAAGUGGUUUGGGUUUGGCAAAGUCCUAGUAGACCCUGCAAAUGAUAUAUUAACAUGAUGUACGUGUUUUUGGUACAACAAUAAGCAAGUUUCUUGUGAAAUUAUACUG